AUGAAGUUCGUUUCUCUUGUCUCUCUCACUGCACUUUCCUCAUUCUCCUUUGUGGCUGCACAAAUUCCCUCGUGUGCAUAUUCCUGUCUCGGACAAUUCCAACAAGACGCGGCCUCGACCGGAUGCGGGGCUUAUGUUGCAGCCAAUUACCCGUGUUUUUGUGCUCAUCGCAACAAUUUUGGAAACUCUAUCAAUUGCGUCAAUACAGCAUGCAGUGGCGGAGAUGCUCAAGCUGCCAUUAGUGUUAUGCUUGGUCGGUGCUAA